CGGAAUGUUUCGUCUGGUUUGGUAUAUGUAUCUCUUCGAGCAUCUUGGCAUCCUCUCCAGGCACUUACCAAAAUGGUCUCUUCGUCAACAGUAACCGCGACAGCACAGUUCCCUCUGCAGUGUGCGGAUGAAAGCUCUCUUCAAAGCCUCCAGUCGCCGGUUCUGUUCGGCCCGCUUGACCAGCAUUCGCUCCUCGCUAUCCCGCUUGCUGUCGUCUUCGUGUACCGUCCAAACGAAUCUGCAGUCGAAGAACUGAUCCCGAUCGACCGGCUUCGACGUGCCCUAGAGCGAUUGCUUGACUACUACCCACACCUAACGGGCCGCAUUGUCAUUGACCCAAAAGACAAGUCGCCACGGAUCGAACAGCUUGGAGCUGGAGCCAGGCUGGUCUCGGCACAAUGCGGCGAGCCACUCAAGUCGUUUGAGUAUAUUGUAGACGAUGAUCAACCUGGAGCGUCCCCUAGACUUGUCGUCACGAACCUGCCAGAUGGAGGCAAUGCAUUGCUGCCAGAAUUUGAUCCAACAGAGGCCGGUGCGGCUCGUGACGCGAUCUUAACGGUACAACACACACGCUUUGCCUGUGGCGGUGUGUCAAUUGCUCUGCGACUUCGCCACAUUGUUUGCGACGCUGCUGGGUUCUUCCAGUUAGCACAUGACUUGGCACACCUGUAUCGCGGCCUCCGAGCUCUCGAUCAAGGCCAAUCUAUUGACGAGCUAUCCAUUCCAUCGCCGGGUAUACAUUCGCUCCACUCGGAUCUACAGAUGUCAGUUGAAGAAAGGCAAGAAGCCCUUGCAAUCAAUUCGACGCUCUUCGAACUCGCUACUGAUGUCCAACCAAGGGCGGAUAAUAGUCCUGCGCCGGAGCCUGUCAUUGGCCGUGUGCUGCGCUUUUCAUCAAACGAGCUUGCACGUAUCAAGGCCGAUGCAAACGUUCAUAACGAUAAACCUGUAUCAACUUUCUGUGCUCUGGCAGCUUAUUUGUGGAAGAGUAUCUAUCGCGCACGUGUGCAACAGUGCAGAAUUCAAGGGAUGAGCUCAGACGAGGCCGCUCUUAAAGAGCCGCGUCAAUUCCUGGCGUCUCUAGACUUACGCAGUCGAGGGCAGCUAGGCAUCUCAUCUCGGUAUUUUCCGAACUGCGUACUGUGUCCAGUUUUCUCGUUAUCUGCUGGUGAAUUGCUGGACUCUCCGUUGCCCAUUAUCGCUGCUGCAGUGCGAGAUGGUGUACAACCCUUGGAUCCAAGUGAAGUACAACAGAAUUUGACGUGGUUGGCUGCACAACCCGACAAAGAUCGAGUCAGACUACGUUAUCAAGGUGGUGUGAUGGUGAGCCAAUGGAACAAGUUUGGGAUGUACACACACACUGAACUUGACGUCCCGCCAGCGCUUGUGGGCCAACCUUUCACGCCAAUUUCACUCAUUGACGGCUUGAUCUACUUCAUGGCUACCGAAGACCAGCUGAACCAGUGCACAGGAGUCACAUUAGGCAGUAUCGAUGUUAGCAUGGCCCUUAACGAAUCAGCUUGGGGUAUCUUGGAUCAAGACGUGGCCUUUAGGCAGCAUCGUGAAUAGUGAAAAAGGUUCAAUCAUUAAGUUUAGUUUCUCCAUAACUAAACACUUUGACUGCCACCCCAUCCACUAUUCAUUUUCCAAUCCUCUUCGAUCAGUGACUUUUCCAGUACGGAAUAA